UGAGUAUCUUUUUUGUGGGACUUACUAUUAACUACUCUCCAUCUUUUCUUCUCUCUCUCUCUUUCUACUCAUUGAUUUGUAGCUGUUGGAGACUUGAAGAGCUCAAACUUCAACACAUAAUGCUCACUCACUCUGUUGUCUGCUUUUUCUCUCUCUUUCUCUCACUUCUCUGACUUUCCUCCAUCCUCUUCUCUUCCUUUCCCAUAAUUAAUUGUACAUCUCUCUCUCUCUCUUUACCAUCUUAUCUUCUGUUGUUAACCAUUCCCAUUUGUGGUAAAAACUAAGUCUACUUCUGACUCAUCUCAAAGCAACAAGUCUUGUCUUGUCUUCUGAAACUAAAUUUUUUUACCAAGGGAGGAUGCUACUACCACUGAAGCUUUGGCAUAUCCUGCUCUACUGAAAUUUCCAAAAUAUAUAUAUAUAUAUACACACACACACACAGUAAAAUAAAUUGGGGUCUUAAACCUCCCAAAUGUCAAUUGGGUGAUCAUUAGUGUGAUUUCAUGCAUUAGCAUUCAGAUUUCUGGUAUACCUCAAGAGAAGUGUACGAUCUACGGUGAUUCUGAGGUAAAGAGCUAACUGCUUUUCACAAUUUGUAUAAUUGUUUCCGUCGGUGCUUAAAUAGAAAGGACAAAGCUCUCAACAUUGCUUUAGCCGAACAUGAUUCCACUAAACUCCAACCUGGAAUCAGCUGAUCAAAAUGAUUCAGAAGCAAGCAGCCAAGUAGCUUCCAACGUAUCUGUGCAAGAAGCAUCCCCCGGUCCUUCCAGGGAUAGCAACACCAAUUCUUCUUGUCUCACAGAUCGCAUAAAGCAAAACAUGGAUCUCGUUCCUGUUUCCCUUGACUUAACACUCCACUUUAACUCUAGUGACACCGAGUCAAAAGGCACAGGAGAGGCUUCUGGUGAAGUGGCAGCUAAUUCUCCGGCAGCCACAACAAUCCCAAGAGUUUUCUCUUGCAAUUACUGUCGCCGCAAGUUCUACAGUUCACAGGCACUUGGGGGACACCAAAAUGCUCAUAAAAGAGAGAGGACAAUGGCAAAACGUGCAAUGCGGAUGGGGAUAUUCUCUGAUAGGUAUACCAGCUUGGCAUCUCUGCCACUUCACGGUUCCGCAUUUCGGUCCCUUGGGAUCAAAGCUCAUGCUGCAAUGCACCAAGGUGUCAUACCGCCACAAAGGCCUCCUGAUAUGAGAGGUGCAGCAAGGUUCGAGCAAGGGUAUUAUGGAAUGCCAAUGUUCAUAGAAGAUGAUGAUUUGGACUUGUUUUGGCCAGGGAGUUUUCGGCAGGUUGGUGAUGGAGCUAGAGGUGACUCAACAUUAGACUUCUCUCAAAAUUCAAACUCAAAUGUGAAUUUCGCGGCCAUGGCACCGCCAUCAAGGACAGAUUCAUCUGCACCUGAUCUUACCUUGAAGCUCUGAUUGAUGUAUUUUCAUUAAGACAAAGCCAUUACAGUGUUCACUAGUCUGUACAGUGAGAUGAAGUGUCUUUAAAUUUUUUGCCAGAACUUUAUAAUUUUCUUUUAAUUUCUAUUCUUAUUUGUGUUGUUAUAUGCUAGAUGCUAGUUAGAUUGUUAUAUAAGAAGUUUUGGGGUAUUAAAUUGACUGCUAGAGUCAGUUUUAAAUAAUUUAGAAAUUGUUGUUUUGGGUGUGAUGGAAAUAACCAGCUAACUUUUUGCUUUUCAAUUUUCUCAUUUGAUGUGUGAAA